AUGGCCGAGACCUGGGGUAAUCUAGCCCACGCUAUGAGGGAGAAUUAUGAUCAGUACGGGGUGGACGAAUACUAUCAAAGAGUUUCAUCGACUUAUCGUAACCCUUUCAUGCCUGGUAUCAAGAAAGUUUUAUGGGCGUUCAUGAAUCGAUGGUGGGAAGCUGAAGGUCGUGAGAUUUUCGCUUCUUCUGGACGAUCGGUCGAUGUUCUGGACAUGGCGGCUGGUAGUGGGGAAGCUACUCUCUGUCUCUCGGAAUGGGCGUCCAAUUAUUCAGAUACAUCUCAUCCCCUGCCCUCACACUCAUCGAUCGCCACCCGUUCAGAUGUAGCAAAUACUUAUCCUUCAUCGACAGCAGGUCCUGGUCGUCAAAAUCGGGCGUUCAUACCUCCUAACGCUCGACGGGGGAAAGGGAAAGAGAAGGAAUUGUUCUCAUCCACACCUCCGUCAUUACCACCUUCUUUCUCAUUUCAGAUAACGGCCACUGAUCCUUACACAGGCCCAGCAUACAAAACUCGGACAGGUAGAAAUUGCUUCUCACUCUCCUUCUCUGAUUUGGCAUCGGGACACUUGCCUCUUCUGAAUGAUGACUUGCACAAAUAUGACCGACUACCGACGAGGAUAUCCACAGAAGCGAGUGAAGAUACCCAAGGGAGGCGACCGAUCGUCGGUGUACAUGAGCGUGACGAAGGGAAAGCAAUAUGGGAGAUGAUCAUCUGUUCUUUCGCCCUUCACCUCGUACCUUCCACCAGCGAACUAUGGGCGUUGCUAUCUGAGUUGAGUACAAAAGCCAAAUGGUUGGUGGUGAUUGCGCCACAUAAAAAGCCGACUAUCAAAGAAACAUGGGGAUGGACAAGAUGGGAUCUAGCUGCAUGGCAAUCAGCAGGUGAAAAGGUUUACACAGCUGGGGGACGAGAUGAAGAAGAGGAAAGCGGAUUGGAGUUGCAAGGGUCCGACUGCGGGUGUAUCGAUCCACUGAUGCUUCACUUGAGUGACUACCCAUUAAGUACCGGUGAAAAGCAAGCCCUUGGGGCUUAUGGACGCGUCUCCCGUCACGUCAUGUCUCCUACCCGUGGACCCUGA